AUGCCGCACAUCGAAGUCAUCCCCAUCACCAGCGGUGCCGCUCCAGCGCCCGGCUGGGCGUAUGUGCCCGAUACCGGCUAUGACCCGAGCAAAGUCGCCAUCAACCCGAGCGCUCGCAAGCGUACUGCUCGCCAGAACGUUGGCGGAGCGCCUGACCUUACCGCCCGUCAGCAGACGCAGCUACACAAACGUAUUGCCGAACUUGACCAGGAUAAUCAGAAGGAGGUUGCGCUUCCAGCUAAGUUCUUCCGCAGGACCAUCAGCAGCCCAGAGCAGUCGCUCAAAGAAGACGCUGGCGUCGCGAACGAAGCGUAG